AUGUUGCUUCAAGACGGCUUGAUAGCGCAGCAGUUCGCAGUCAUUUUCCGCGUUGCGCAGCUGCUUCAGCAGGCGGCGCUCUCGACUUCAACCUCCAAACGGACCUACAGCAUCGGUGCCGUACGCGAGGUUGGCGGGGCAGAGGUGUCGGCGCUGGUGGCACUGCCUGGAUUGAGGAUUGAGAGCAGCAGUUGCGGGCUAGCAGCGGCGCAGGCCCACACCACAUCGCACGCUCGUCCACAGCGCGACGCGAAGGCGAAUGCGGCGGAUCGAUCAGUCUUGCAGAAGCAUUUGCAGCUGCCCCUAGUGAAUGCCGAUGAGAGCGUUGCCACGCUGCAGCAGCUCGGCGGGAUACUGGACGAGGCUGCACGACAGCUGCAAGCGAGCGUGGACGCUCAGCUGGUGGACUUUUAUGUUCACUUGGGGAAGAAAGCCAACGCAACGCUGCCAGCGGGGACGGGAGGGCCGAGGGAGUGCGCGACGUCAGCACGGGGCUCUCCGCAGGACCGCCUGACAUCUCGACUGAUUUCUCGACCGUCCUCGAGACAGGUGCCACGGUCGCAGCACGGGGACAUCGGUUCAUCGUUUCGGCUCAACGAUGAAAAGGGUGGCGCAUCUCGCACGGGGUCUUCUGGACCUUGCGCUACCUUUCCACUGGACGCAGACGACACCAAAAAAAAUCCCAGUGCCAAGGAUGCUGCGGCGGGAGGGGUGGCUUCCGUCACGGUGACUCCAGGUGUGGACGCCGCACGCAUUGAGGGCCCUGUCAUGCCUUCCGUCGGCAUCGCCACGCCUCGUUCUCUCAACGCACAGCAGCCACAACGCGACACCCACUCUCGAGUCGGCACCCCAAGUGGGCUGCAGAGCGCACCGAUGACACGUCGCCUCGAGGAAGAGCGUGCGGCUGCCUCAGAACUGCAGUCGUUUUUCUCUCUCCUGUUGGAGGCCGCUCUGCGACUGACCGGCGGAUCCGCGGCGGCUGUCUACAUGGACGACGCACCGCAGUUGGCUGCCGGGGGAACAGGGGGGUUUCUCAGCCGCCCCGCGGCCUCCACGGCAGCCGCCUCAGGCACUGCCGGCAGUGGCCGAGCGCAGUUCCUGCACUGCGUGGCACACUCACAAGGCAACUUCCCCUCGAGCAUUAGCUAUGCCGUCUCAAACGUGCUGACGACGGUGGUGACCACGGGCGUGGCGGUGAACGUGCAUUAUAGCGAGUCUUCCCUCCUGCGCCUGGGUGUAGGUGCGAACUCCGGGCCUGGCGAUCUCGACUCUGCGCGCCAUCCCACAGCGGCGGGCGGCGGCAUCACUGCCACCGACGGCGCUGGCAGGCGACUUCGCAACGACAGCAGUGGUUGUUCCCACCGCACCCUCUUGGACAUGUACAAUGGCGUCGUUGUCCCGAUCAAGGGCAUCGGUUGCCUUGUACUGGCCAAUAAGACGAAGACGACCGCCUUUGAUGUGACGGCGCCGCGCUUCAGCAUCUUUGACGAGCAUGUUGCGUGGAGUGCCGCGUUGCUGAGUGAGGCCGUGCUACACAGGUACGAGCGCCAGCUGCUCUUGCGAGUCGCGUGGUCCCCAUCAUGCGUUAGUGCGCUGCGGCCGUACAUACAGGAGAACUGGCCGCUGCGCAAGAGCGCGAACCCCUUGCCUUCCUGCGACGGCCCGCCGACGAUGCCGGGGCGGAGAGGGCUGCAAAGCAGAAUAAGCUCGAAACGCCUUAUCACUCGAGCAAGUAACGCUGCCGCGAACCUGUCCGCCGCCGAUGUGGACAACGCCGCCGUUUCGGCUCUCGUCUUUGAUCCACAGAACGACAUCUUCUCCAAGACACUAACGAUGGUGCGCACGGGCGAUCCGAAGGUAUUGAAGGCUCUUCCAUCGCGGCUGCACACUUCCUCUCCCAUCCGUUCCUGCCGACGGCCGAUCAACGCCGUCAUUAGCGCCGUGGCCGCAGAAGCGGCGGCGCCGGGAUCGUCCGCAAAGCUCAAUGACGAGGAGGUGUUCCACGCUGCGGCGGAGUACAUUACGAAUCUAGAGUCCUUGUGGCACAGGACAAUUUCCGAGAGUAACACGAUGCACACCAUGGUCGAGCGCUACAACAAUCAGAUGCGGAAGCAGGAGGAGACUAUUGCGCUGUUAGAGGCGAAGGUGCGAGAGCUGAGCAUGCAGAUGAUGCAGCUAGAGCGCCGCGGGAACUUUACGCGCCUAAGCGCAGUGUAG